AUGAAGCGUUUAUCUAUUGCACCUGGGUCCGUUAGAAGGACAUCAAAAAUCUUACUGGAAGAUCAGAAAGCCAGAGAAAUAUUGGAACAAUUGGACCAGGAUACAACCAUUGUUUUACAAGAUAUCGAUCGGAAAUUGUCACGAGCCAAUGCCAUCCUAAAUGAUUUAAUUAAGCCCACUAUAUCUGAAUAUAUGAAGGAAAGCUCAAAAAUUAAACAGAGUACAGGGUUUUGGAAAAAGUUUUUCGAACUGUCUGCAAAUGUGGUCCUUGAUACGUAUGAAGCCCCAAUCGUGGAGGUGAAUGCAAAUACAGAUUUAAUCAAUGCUUUGGAGCAGAAGGAAGCCCAUGACGAAUUGAAAGCAAUUGGUGAAACGCAAGAGCUUAGAAAUGCACAUUUAAAGCGUGUGUUGGACGAAGAAACGCCAACGUGGUCAACAGAACAAGACUCAUCUCGUAAGCCAACCUCAUCGACACCGCAAAAGCAUACGCUGACGCUGACGUCUCUGCAACAACAGCACCACCACCAGAACCAGAACCAGCGAACACGUUUCAAUUUAGACAAUGAUGUCCCAAAAUUAUCUGAUAAUGUGAACCUUCAACAUCCGUCUCGACUUGGUUCAAGUUGGCAGUCGCCUCGUCGAAAAGAGGACCAUGCUAAAGGUUCCCCUGUACGGAUUCUGACUAUUCGUCAAUCUCUCGAUGCAUACCAAAGAGUAUCAAUCUCACCACGAAAACUGAGGACUCCCAUAUCUGGUCGAUCAGCAGUUUUACAAACUAUCCUUAACUCGUCUCCCACAUUUCCUGAACCACCGGUUCUCAAGUCUGAUUUACCCAGCGAGCCAUCGAGAUUGACAAUCACUUCGCCUCAUCCAAGUAGUGAUGCUGGUGGUGGUGGUGGUGGUGGUGAGCCACAUUUGAGAAAAUUCCCCAAUACACCAAAGUACACUGGCACGAGAAGUGGGUCGUUGCACAACACACCGAUCUUGGACGCAGUAACGCGCGAUGACGAGGGUGAAAAUGAUCUUCAGCCACCGCAAUUGGGCUCGAGUAGCCAAUUGCAUGAAAGUGGUAGAGGUAGUGGGCCCAGUAGUGGACUCAGUAGUGGUAGCAAUCUAUUAUCCAGCAGCUCGAGCGAUGAGCCAUUACCCGCUUUGAACACAAUUGAACUAAGCGGCAGUAGUAAUAGUAACAGCAUCAGCAGCAGUAAAGCCAGGAGAUCAAAGAGAAGAAGUAGCGAAGACGUCAAUAGAGAUAGUCUAAAGAGGAGAAGAACACUAGAUGAUGAUGAGGAUAAUGUGUUUUUGGAUAGAGAACACAGCAGGUCAUUACUAUCACCACGUGUUAUGAGAGAUGAGCAACAAGGAGCCGAUCAUCAUGACAACGAGCAUGUUAAUGAUCUCGAUGAUAAUGCUGAUGAAGACAACAACAAUAACAACAACAACAGCAGCAGCAAUACGCAAAACAAGUCGUUUUCACAAGUGUACACGGAGGAGAUAUCAAAGGUUAGAGACGUUCAAGGUGCAGGCACCAGUAACACCGAGACCAAUAUUGUUCCUGUUGAAGAUGUUACCAGUGAAAAUACAUUAAAAAGUUUAAAGGAUAUUACGGAAGGGUCAACAGAUGAAUUGGGACCUUUCAAGGAGAGGUGGAAGUACUAUGCCAGCCUUUGA